AUGCCUCGCCCAAAUGCCAAAUCUCGCAUUGCAUCUAGCAAGACCCGUAAUAAAGCUGGUGUCUUUGUAGCUAAUCCUAAAGAUAUAAAUGAUAUAGAAGAAAACAUGAAUAUUCUGGAAGACUGGGAGUUAUUCGAAAUAACACAUGAUAGCUUUCAAAAUUAUGCAUUAAAAACUAUAGAAUGGCAUGAAAAAGCCGAUAAAAAAUUGAAAUUCACUUUUUAUACUGGAAACUCAAGAACAAACCUUUGGAAAAAAAGGAAGGCCCAGGAACAACUUCAACACGAAGCUAAACAGAUGCGAACUCUUGAUGAAAUGUGGAGCAUAAAGGCACGAGAUAAAGGAAAAGCCCCAGCCCUAUCAUACCGUGAAGAUAUUUUAGCCCAAUCUAAACGACAAAUGCAACGAAUAGAGGAGUGUUAUAACGAAUUAAAAAAUCAACUUCGAAGUCUUCAAAAUGCUAAAAAAAAUUUAGCUAAAUCACAACCUUAUGAAGUACAAAGGUUGACUUCUAUUUUCCAUUAUUAUAGGUUAUUACUAGACGGUGAAAAAAAAAUAAGUGCAUCAGAAAAAAUUGGAAAACACGCAAAAAGAGAAUCGUUGCUUGAUGAUGAGGAUCUCAAACUGGCGGCUUGUACCUGGUUACGUUCUAUUCUACCAAAAGAUCAUUCUUCUUUAGCACUAAAGAAAGAAUUGGAAACAAAUAUCUUUUCUAAAUUGCUUGGAGUCUAUUUCAAUGGUCAUGAAUGGGAAGACGUGCGAGAAUAUCAACGGCUUGAAAUUUGGGAUAUGCGCCAUGUUUUGGUUACCCAUGAUGAAGUUUACUUUUAUGCUAAUGACGACAAUUCAUCCUUUUGGGUUGAAGAUAAAGAGUCUAUUAUCAAGAAAAAAGGCCAAGGGUUAGCAAUUAUGCCGGGACAACAAGCUGAUAGUUAUUGGAAAAGUGAAAAUAUGGUUAAACAGCUUCGUGAAAAGGCAAUUCCGAUUUUUAAUGCUCUCCACCCAGGAUGCAUAGGCAUAGUUUCAAAUUCUACUAACCAUAAUGUAUAUGCACUUGAUGCACUCGUGUGUUCCAGAAUGACUAUGCAUCCAAAAGUUGAAAAUAAAUUUAAGUUUAAGGAUGGUUGGUUCAUUCGUAAUUAUGAAAAAAUCACACAACCUAUGUUUUUUUUGGAUGAAGACGAUGAUUCUGGAAGAACGGAGGAUGUGGACCGGUCAGAGAUUGGAUUGUAA